GUGCGGGGUCCCGGCGUCGGUGGCGCGCGCGCUCCCUCCUCUCGGAGAGAGGGCUGUGGUAAAAAGCCGUCCGGAAAAUGGCCGCCGCCGCCGCUGCCGCGCCGAGCGGAGGAGGAGGAGGAGGCGAGGAGGAGAGACUGGAAGAAAAGUCGGAAGACCAGGACCUCCAGGGCCUCAAGGACAGACCCCUGAAGUUCAAAAAGGUGAAGAAAGAUAAGAAAGAAGACAAAGAGGGCAACAAGCAUGAGCCUCUGCAGCCGUCAGCCCACCACUCUGCGGAGCCAGCAGAGGCAGGCAAAGCAGAGACAUCAGAGGAGUCGGGUUCUGCCCCGGCCGUGCCAGAAGCUUCUGCUUCUCCCAAACAGCGGCGCUCCAUCAUUCGUGACCGGGGACCCAUGUACGACGACCCCACCCUGCCUGAAGGCUGGACAAGAAAGCUUAAGCAAAGGAAGUCUGGCCGCUCAGCUGGGAAGUAUGAUGUGUACUUGAUCAAUCCCCAGGGAAAAGCCUUUCGCUCUAAAGUGGAGUUGAUUGCAUACUUCGAAAAGGUAGGCGACACCUCCUUGGACCCUAAUGAUUUUGACUUCACGGUAACUGGGAGAGGGAGCCCCUCCCGGCGAGAGCAGAAACCACCUAAGAAGCCCAAAUCUCCCAAAGCUCCAGGAACUGGCAGAGGUCGGGGACGCCCCAAAGGGAGUGGCACUGGGAGACCCAAGACAGCGGCCUCGGAAGGUGUUCAGGUGAAAAGGGUCCUGGAGAAAAGCCCUGGCAAGCUCCUCGUCAAGAUGCCUUUCCAGCCAUCACCUGGGGGCAAGGGCGAAGGGGGUGGGGCUACCACUUCGGCCCAGGUCAUGGUGAUCAAGCGCCCCGGAAGGAAGAGAAAGGCGGAGGCCGAUCCCCAGGCCAUUCCCAAGAAACGGGGCAGAAAGCCUGGGAGUGUGGUGGCAGCUGCUGCUGCCGAGGCCAAAAAGAAAGCCGUGAAGGAGUCUUCCAUCCGGUCUGUGCAGGAGACCGUGCUCCCCAUCAAGAAGCGCAAGACCCGGGAGACGGUGAGCAUCGAGGUGAAGGAAGUGGUGAAGCCACUGCUGGUGUCCACCCUUGGGGAGAAGAGCGGGAAGGGACUGAAGACCUGCAAGAGCCCUGGGCGGAAAAGCAAAGAGAGCAGCCCCAAAGGGCGCAGCAGCAGCAGCAGCGCCUCCUCACCCCCCAAGAAGGAGCACCACCAUCACCACCACCACUCAGAGUCCCCAAAGGCCCCGACACCACUGCUCCCACUCCCACCUCCGCCCCUGCCUGAGCCUGAGAGCUCUGAGGACCCUACCAGCCCCCCUGAGCCCCAGGACUUGAGCAGCAGCGUCUGCAAAGAGGAGAAGAUGUCCCGAGGAGGCUCACUGGAGAGUGAUGGCUGCCCCAAGGAGCCAGCUAAGACUCAGCCCGCGGUCGCUACUGCCGCCACAGCCGCAGAAAAGUACAAACACCGAGGGGAGGGAGAGCGCAAAGACAUUGUUUCAUCCUCCAUGCCAAGGCCAAACAGAGAGGAGCCUGUGGACAGCCGGACGCCCGUGACCGAGAGAGUUAGCUGACUUUACACAGAGCGGAUUGCAAAGCAAACCAACAAGAAUAAAGGCAGCUGUUGUCUCUUCUCCUUAUGGGUAGGGCUCUGACAAAGCUUCCCGAUUAACUGAAAUAAAAAAUAUUUUUUUUUCUUUCA